AUGACACACGGGGCCAGGUACAGCUAGAGCUAUGAGCAGGACUAUCCUCUGUGAAAUGUAUUAUGUGAUGUCUUUUGACUGUGUUUUUCUUUCUCUCCUCCGCGCCCAGUGACAGGGAAUACCCAAGGCUGGGCCAAAUGAUCGUGGACUAUGAGAAUCCUCUGAAAAAGAUGAUGGAAGAGUUUGUCCCUCAUGGGAAGGUGAGACACUAGACGUCUGUGAAUAUAUUCCUCAGUAACACUAAUAUACAAAUGAAAAAUAGAUAGCACUUUAUUACAUAUACGGCAUAGACGCCACCAUGUAAUAAAUGUCCACAAUUUCCUAUUAACUACCAAGUAAAUUCCUGUAGAAAUGGUCAGCAGCCAGAAAUACAGUGCCUUGCAAAAGUAUUCAUCCCCCUUGGCGUUUUUCCUAUUUUGUUGCAUUACAACCUGUAAUUUAAAUUGAUUUUAAUUUGGAUUUCAUGUAAUGGACAUACACAAAAUAGUCCAAAUUGAUGAAGUGAAAUUAAAAAAAUUACUUGUUUCAAAGAAUUCUAAAAAAUAAAUAACGGAAAAGUGGUACGUGCAUAUGUAUUCAUCCCCUUUGCUAUGAAGCCCCUAAAUAAGAUCUGGUGCAACCAAUUACCUUCAGAAGUCACAUAAUUACAGUGGGGGAAAAAAGUAUUUAGUCAGCCACCAAUUGUGCAAGUUCUCCCACUUAAAAAGAUGAGAGAGGCCUGUAAUUUUCAUCAUAGGUACACGUCAACUAUGACAGACAAAAUGAGAAAAAAAAUCCACAAAAUCACAUUGUAGGAUUUUUUAUGAAUUUAUUUGCAAAUUAUGGUGGAAAAUAAGUAUUUGGUCAAUAACAAAAGUUUCUCAAUACUUUGUUAUAUACCCUUUGUUGGCAAUGACACAGGUCAAACGUUUUCUGUAAGUCUUCACAAGGUUUUCACACACUGUUGCUGGUAUUUUGGCCCAUUCCUCCAUGCAGAUCUCCUCUAGAGCAGUGAUGUUUUGGGGCUGUCGCUGGGCAACACGGACUUUCAACUCCCUCCAAAGAUUUUCUAUGGGGUUGAGAUCUGGAGACUGGCUAGGCCACUCCAGGACCUUGAAAUGCUUCUUACGAAGCCACUCCUUCGUUGCCCGGGCGGUGUGUUUGCGAUCAUUGUCAUGCUGAAAGACCCAGCCACGUUUCAUCUUCAAUGCCCUUGCUGAUGGAAGGAGGUUUUCACUCAAAAUCUCACGAUACAUGGCCCCAUUCAUUCUUUCCUUUACACGGAUCAGUCGUCCUGGUCCCUUUGCAGAAAAACAGCCCCAAAGCAUGAUGUUUCCACCCCCAUGCUUCACAGUAGGUAUGGUGUUCUUUGGAUGCAACUCAGCAUUCUUUGUCCUCCAAACACGACGAGUUGAGUUUUUACCAAAAAGUUAUAUUUUGGUUUCAUCUGACCAUAUGGCAUUCUCCCAAUCCUCUUCUGGAUCAUCCAAAUGCACUCUAGCAAACUUCAGACGGGCCUGGACAUGUACUGGCUUAAGCAGGGGGACACGUCUGGCACUGCAGGAUUUGAGUCCCUGGCGGCGUAGUGUGUUACUGAUGGUAGGCUUUGUUACUUUGGUCCCAGCUCUCUGCAGGUCAUUCACUAGGUCGCCCCGUGUGGUUCUGGGAUUUUUGCUCACCGUUCUUGUGAUCAUUUUGACCCCACGGGGUGAGAUCUUGCGUGGAGCCCCAGAACGAGGGAGAUUAUCAGUGGUCUUGUAUGUCUUCCAUUUCCUAAUAAUUGCUCCCACAGUUGAUUUCUUCAAACCAAGCUGCUUACCUAUUGCAGAUUCAGUCUUCCCAGCCUGGUGCAGGUCUACAAUUUUGUUUCUGGUGUCCUUUGACAGCUCUUUGGUCUUGGCCAUAGUGGAGUUUGGAGUGUGACUGUUUGAGGUUGUGGACAGGUGUCUUUUAUACUGAUAACAAGUUCAAACAGGUGCCAUUAAUAAAGGUAACGAGUGGAGGACAGAGGAGCCUCUUAAAGAAGAAGUUACAGGUCUGUGAGAGCCAGAAAUCUUGCUUGUUUGUAGGUGACCAAAUACUUAUUUUCCACCAUAAUUUGCAAAUAAAUUCAUAAAAAAUCCUACAAUGUGAUUUUCUGGAUUUUUUUUCUCAAUUUGUCUGUCAUAGUUGACAUGUACCUAUGCUGAAAAUUACAGGCCUCUCUCAUCUUUUUAAGUGGGAGAACUUGCACAAUUGGUGGCUGACUAAAUACUUUUUUCCCCCACUGUAGUUAAAUAAAGUCCGCCUGUGUGCAAUCUAAGUGUCACAUGAUCUGUCACAUGAUCUCAGUAUAUAUACACCUGUUCUGAAAGGCCCCAGAGAGCAAGGGGCACCACCAAGCAAGCGGAAACAUAGCGAGCUCUCCAAACAGGUCAGGGACAAAGUUGUGGAGAAGUACAGAUCAGGGUUGGGUUAUAAAAAAAUAUCAGAAACUUUGAACAUCCCACGGAGCACCAUUAAAUCCAUUAUUAAAAAAUUGAAAGAAUAUGGCACCACAACAAACCUGCCAAGAGAGGGACCAGGCAAGGAGGGCAUUAAUCAGAGAGGCAACAAAGAGACCAAAGAUAACCCUGAAGGAGCUGCAAAGCUCCACAGCGGAGAUUGGAGUAUCUGGCCAUAGGACCACUUUAAGCCGUACACUCCACAGAGCUGGGCUUUACGGAAGAGUGGCCAGAAAAAAGCCAUUGCUUUUGGUGUUCGCCAAAAGGCAUGUGGGAGACUCCCCAAAUAUAUGGAAGAAGGUACUCUGGUCAGAUGAGACUAAAAUUUAGCUUCCAGCAGGACAAUGACCCUAAGCAUACUGCUAAAGCAAAACUUGAGUGGUUUAAGGGGAAACAUUUAAAAAUCCAAUUGAGAAUCUGUGGUAUGACUUAAAGAUUGCUGUACACCAGCGGAACCCAUCCAACUUGAUGUUGCUGGAGCAGUUUUGCCUUGAAGAAUGGGCAAAAAUCCCAGUGGCUAGAUGUGCAAAGCUUAUAGAGACAUACCCCAAGAGACUUGCAGCUGUAAUUGCUGCAAAAGGUGGCUCUACAAAGUAUUGACUUUGGGGGGGGGGGGGUGAAUAAUUAUGCACGCUCAAGUUCUGUUUUUUUGUCUUAUUUCUUGUUUGUUUCACAAUAAAAAAUAUGUUGCAUCUUCAAAGUGGUAGGCCUGUUGUGUAAAUCAAAUGAUACAAAUCCCCCCAAAAUCCAUUUUAAUUCCAGGUUGUAAGGCAACAAAAUAGGAGAAAUGCAAAAGAGGGUGAAUACUUUCGCAAGCCACUGUACCUCCAAUUAAUCUCCUUCUCUUUCUGUUCCGAUGGCGAUGCAGUCUUUGUCAGACGCACUCAUCUCGCUGCAGAUGGUCUACCCCAGGAGGAACCUGUCCGCAGACCAGUGGAGGAACGCCCAGCUUCUGAGCCUGAUUAGCGCCCCCAGUACCAUGCUCAACCCAGCCCAGUCAGACACAGUCAGUGCCCACUGCCCAUUCAACUCCCUAGGCCCCUACAACUACUAAACUGCUACUAAACCCAUCUUCACACCAAUCAGUUAACACCUCUCACCCAUCCAGCACCUUAUCUGGUUGACAUGCCAUGUGUUCUACCAUUUAUUCUACUCAUUCUGUAAAUGUAAUAGCCAGCUCUGCCAUUUUGAAAAUUGUGUUCAUAGAUGUUUUGGACAAGCUGUUUUUAUAGUCCACAUUAUUAGCAGGCCAAUAAUAUAUUUUCAGUUCAAACUUCAUCUGUGAAUUGAUUUGAAUUGCAUGUAUCCUGACAAACCUCUGGUCUCUGUUCUAGAUGCCCUGUGAAUACCUCUCCUUAGACUGUAUGGAGAAAUGGAUUGUGUGUAAGUUUACUGCUCAAGUUAUUGAGUUAACACAAUGUUUCACAUUGGUCAGGGAGGAUUCAUUUUGGGUCCUGGCUUAAAACUAGACCAACUCAGUGGCCUUGUGCUUAGUGUCUGCCCUGAGAUUGGAUGGUUGGGGGUUCGAUCCCCGGUCAAGUCACACCAAAACAUGGGACUUCAUGCCUCUGCUUGGCACUCCGCAAUAAGGAGAGCGAUUGGGGGUAAGGCCGUGCGAUAGACUAGUGUCCUGUCCAGGGGGUGUACUUAUACAUCAACCUGUCUCGCGCUACAUUAACAGGAGAUAGGCUCCUGCCCCAAUGGGCUGUUCUAGCUCAGACAAGUCUUUACUUGUCCAAGGCUUGCUUACUUACUUAAAACUAGAUCCCGGCUCCAAAAUCUUGUUUUAUACCAGUCACAAGAAAUACCCAAAUGUUCUUACUAUAUUUGCAAUUUUAGUGCAGCAUUUAGCAGUUUUUACUGAACUAACCUCCCGUCCCUCCGCAAGUCGGGUUCGUCCUGUGCCACGCGGUGCUGAAUACUGACCCAGCAGCGCUGAGCCUGUGGAAGCUGGCCCUCCAGAGCAGCACCUGCCUCUGUCUCUUCAGGGAUGAGGUCUUCCACAUCCACAAGGCCUGUGAGGACCUGUUCGUCAACAUCCGUGGGUAAGCCUCUCGCCAACACACAACACACCACACACCACCCUCAAACCACUCAGAAUACACCCCUCUCUGUGCCUUUCUUAUGAGGAACUGCAGGAGGAUUCAUGAAGUAUAUCUUGUAAAUGUUUUGUUUUCUAGGACUGAUACAAGUCGUAAAUACCAUUGAAACCUUUUAAAUACCAUUGAAACAUUUAUUUAUUUUGUAUUUAUUUUUUUCAUGCUGAAUUUGAAGUAUCAGUCCAAAGUCAUCUGUACCAAGGUUAUUAUACUAUUUUCACUUUUCAUUUAAGUUAAGUUUCAGUUUAGUUUUCAAUCCCUGUUUUGAUUUAGUUUUUACACAAGAGACCCAUUUCUUUUUAGUUGUAGUUUUUUUUGUAGUUUUGGGUUAAGUUUUAGUUGACCAUUUUGGUCCCGUGUUAAAUGACGUUCAGCUUAUAAAGGCUUCAUAAAGCCUUCAUAAUGCCUUCAUAAGCACCACACAAAUGUGUUACAAAGUAUCUAUAACCGUAUGUCGUGCUUUAUAAAGGGUUCAUCAAUGUGGCAUAACUGUGUGACAUAAUCACCAAUGUCAAUAUGUGACGUAACCCACUAUGUCGAAUGUGAUAAACAUUUGCUUUAUAAAGGGUAAUGUUGGGUCGACGGAUUGGAAUACGCUCUAAAAGAAGUCAUGUUAGUCAUGUUACACCUAAUCUUGUUCCCAGACACUUCCGCCCAAAUCAAACUUGGCCUUCAUUAGUUUAAAAUAAAACUUUAAGACGAUAAAUUGUGGAAAUGGGCAGGAUUUAGCCAUAAUUAUUACUUUUUUACUGUGUUAACUAGUGACGAUGACAAAUACUUUACUCAGUAAGGUCACUCCUAUAGAAUUCUAUGGUCACUUCCACAAAGGCCAGCUUUGAAUGAUUGAUAUCCCAGGCUUACACCAAGAAACACUUACCUUGAUGAAAGCACCCAACCUAAAGAAAUUGAAAGUGGCUUUCUUCUGCAACCAAGUUACAUGUUCCUCAGUACACAAACUUGCACACAACAAAAACGAGCCAUACCGUGCAGUGUUGGGCCCAUCAGGUCUUUGACACAGUCACCCACUCCCCCGCUGAAAGAUCAGCCACAAAAGGUUGGCACCAUUAUAACAGGUUGUAAUCAAGCCCUGUUCACCAGCAUGGGAAUGGUCUCAGGUUGGACUAAGCCAAAUCAUCUUGGCUUUGACACACACACAAGCUUUGCAGGUCCAUCAACCCAUUUAAAUACCCCUCACACCCUACAGUAACCUGUGGAUCAUGAGAACACCUUCAUAAAUCAGAAGAACGUUAAUAACCUAUUUAUUGACACUUUAUGUAGUGUCCUGUAAUACUUAAUUUAAAGUCAGACACCUUUGGUCAUUCAUAACACAUGCAUACAUUUUAGUCAUUUAGCAGACGUUCUUAUCCAGAGCGACUUACAGUUAGUGAGUGCAUACAUAUUUUUUUUAUUUUUCAUACUGGCCCCCUGUGGGAAUCAAACCCACAACCCUGGCGUUGCAAACGCCAUGCUCUACCAACUGAGAGCAUGGCGUUUGUGGUCUAAGGCACUGCAUCGCAGUGCUAACUGUGCCGCCGCCCCAUGGGUCUCCCGGUCGCAGCCGGCUACAACAGAGCUUGGAUUCGAACCAGGAUCUCUAGUGGCACAGCUAGCACUGCAAUGCAGUGCCUUAGACCACUGCGCCACUCGGGAGAACAAUUGCUGUGAUGUCACCGAAAUUAUUUGAAAUAACGACAGGUAGCUACAGUAUGUCAUCUAACUCAACACUUAACUACUACAAGCAAAUUUUAAUUACAAUAAAUAAAGGUUAACUUAAUUGUUUUUCGCUGUCCGGUGGCACCACAAUUGGGCAUUUGAUUUGUGAACUCAUCACAUGAUCAGCGUCUCAUCACCAACACUAAAAAAGUACUUCGGGGUCACAAAUUUGGAAAUUUGCAAAAUUUAAAGUCUCCCUCGUAAUAGUUUAAAAGUGUCAACAACCUGUAUUUAUUAAUGUUAUAUGAAAAAUAAUUGUCUAAACAUUAACAAUGAUUCAUAUUUGUUCAUGUUUAAGUGACAUUUGCAUUAACUGUGGGUUUUAAAACAUGUUCCAAGGUCAUAUAAAUGCCCCCAAUGCGGAUCACUGUUUAUGGAAUACAUAUUGGCUUAUAGAACAAAAACUAUCUUGGGUGCCGCAGUGAAGGUAUUGUAGGGAGUACUCAGUAGGGUUUGUAGAAUAUAUACAGUGAGGGGAAAAACGUAUUUGAUCCCCUGCUGAUUUUGUACGUUUGCCCAUUGACAAAGAAAUGAUCAGUCUAUAAUUUUAAUGGUAGGUUUAUUUGAACAGUGAGAGACAGAAUAACAACAACAAAAUCCUGAAAGAUGCAUGUCAAAAAUGUUAUAAAUUGAUUUGCAUUUUAAUGAGGGAAAUAAGUAUUUGACCCCUCUGCAAAACAUGACUUAGUACUUGGUGGCAAAACCCUUGUUGGCAAUCACAGAGGUCAGAUGUUUCUUGUAGUUGGCCACCAGGUUUGCACACAUCUCAGGAGGGAUUUUGUCCCACUCCUCUUUGCAGAUCUUCUCCAAGUCAUUAAGGUUUCGAGGCUGACGUUUAGCAACUCGAACCUUCAGCUCCCUCCACAGAUUUUCUAUGGGAUUAUGGUCUGGAGACUGGCUAGGCCUCUCCAGGACCUUAAUGUGCUUCUUCUUGAGCCACUCCUUUGUUGCCUUGGCCGUGUGUUUUGGGUCAUUGUCAUGCUGGAAUACCCAUCCAUGACCCAUUUUCAAUGCCCUGGCUGAGGGAAGGAAGUUCUCACCCAAGAUUUGACGGUACAUGGCCCCGUCCAUCGUCACUUUGAUGCUGUGAAGUUGUCCUGUCGCCUUAGCAGAAAAACACCCCCAAUGCAUAAUGUUUCCACCUCCAUUUUUGACAAUGGGGAUGGUGUUCUUGGGGUCAUAGGCAGCAUUCCUCCUCCUCCAAACACUGCGAGUUGAGUUGAUGCCAAAGAGCUCCAUUUUGGUCUCAUCUGACCAUAACACUUUCACCCAGUUCUCCUCUGAAUCAUUCAGAUGUUCAUUGGCAAACUUCAGACGGGCCUGUAUAUGUGCUUUCUUGAGCAGGGGGACAUUGCGGGCGCUGCAGGAUUUCAGUCCUUCACGGCAUAGUGUGUUACCAAUUGUUUUCUUGGUGACUAUGGUCCCAGCUGCCUUGAGAUAAUUGACAAGAUCCUCCCGUGUAGUUCUGGGCUGAUUCCUCACAGUUUUCAUGAUCAUUGCAACUCCACGAGGUGAGAUCUUGCAUGGAGCCCCAGGCCGAGGGAGAUUGACAGUUAUUUUGUGUUUCUUCCAUUUGCGAAUAAUCACACCAACUGUUGUCACCUUCUCACCAAGCUGCUUGGCGAUGGUCUUGUAGCUCAUUCCAGCCUUGUGUAGGUCUACAAUCUUGUCCCUGACAUCCUUGGAGAGCUCUUUGGUCUUGGCCAUGGUGGAGAGUUUGGAAUCUGAUUGAUUGCUUCUGUGGACAGGUGUCUUUUAUACAGGUAACAAGCUGAGGCUAGGAGCACUCCCUUUAAGAGUGUGCUCCUAAUCUCAGCUCGUUACCUGUAUAAAAGGCACCUGGGAGCCAGAAAUCUUUCUGAUUGAGAUGGGGUCAAAUACUUAUUUCCCUCAUUAAAAUGCAAAUAAAUUAAUAAAAAUUUUGACAUGCGUUUUUCUGGAUUUUGUUGUUGUUAUUCUGUCUCUCACUGUUCAGAUAAACCUACCAUUAAAAUUAUAGACUUAUCAUUUCUUUGUCAGUGGGCAAACGUACAAAAUCAGCAGGGGAUCAAAUAUUUUUUUCCCUCAGUUGAAAUCGGAAGUUUACAUACACUUAGGUUGGAGUCAUUAAAACUUGUUUUUCAACCACUCCACAAAUUUCUUGUUCUAGUUUUGGCAAGUCGGUUAGGACAUCUACUUUGUGCAUGACACAAGUAAUUUUUCUAACAAUUGUUUACAGACAGAUUAUUUCACUUAUAAUUCACUGUAUCACAAUUCCAGUGGGUCAGAAGUUUACAUAAACUAAGUUCACUGUGCCUUUAAACAGCUUUGAAAUUUCCAGAAGUCGCUCUGGAUAAGAGCGUCUGCUAAAUGACUAAAAUGUAAAUGUAAAUGUAAAUGUAUUUCAAGGCCUACCUUCAAACUCAGUGUCUCUUUGCUUGACAUCAUGGGGAAAUCAAAAGAAAUCAGCCAAGACCUCAGAAAAAUGAUUGUAGACCUCCACAAGUCUUGUUUAUCCUUGGGAGCAAUUUCCAAACGCCUGAAGGUACCACGUUCAUCUGUACAAACAAUAGUACGCAAGUAUAAACACCAUGGGACAACGCAGCCGUCAUACCGCUCAGGAAAGAGACGCGUUCUGUCUCCUAGAGAUGAACGUACUUUGGUGCGAAAAGUGCAAAUCAAUCCCAGAACAACAGCAAAGGACAUUGUGAAGAUGUUGGAGGAAAUAGGUACAAAAGUAUCUACAGUGGGGGAAAAAAGUAUUUAGUCAGCCACCAAUUGUGCAAGUUCUCCCACUUAAAAAGAUGAGAGAGGCCUGUAAUUUUCAUCAUAGGUACACGUCAACUAUGACAGACAAAUUGAGAAUUUUUUUCCCAGAAAAUCACAUUGUAGGAUUUUUAAUGAAUUUAUUUGCAAAUGAUAGUGGAAAAUAAGUAUUUGGUCACCUACAAACAAGCAAGAUUUCUGGCUCUCACAGACCUGUAACUUCUUCUUUAAGAGGCUCCUCUGUCCUCCACUCGUUACCUGUAUUAAUGGCACCUGUUUGAACUUGUUAUCAGUAUAAAAGACACCUGUCCACAACCUCAAACAGUCACACUCCAAACUCCACUAUGGCCAAGACCAAAGAGCUGUCAAAGGACACCAGAAACAAAAUUGUAGACCUGCACCAGGCUGGGAAGACUGAAUCUGCAAUAGGUAAGCAGCUUGGUUUGAAGAAAUCAACUGUGGGAGCAAUUAUUAGGAAAUGGAAGACAUACAAGACCACUGAUAAUCUCCCUCGUUCUGGGGCUCCACGCAAGAUCUCACCCCGUGGGGUCAAAAUGAUCACAAGAACGGUGAGCAAAAAUCCCAGAACCACACAGGGCGACCUAGUGAAUGACCUGCAGAGAGCUGGGACCAAAGUAACAAAGCCUACCAUCAGUAACACACUACGCCGCCAGGGACUCAAAUCCUGCAGUGGCAGACGUGUCCCCCUGCUUAAGCCAGUACAUGUCCAGGCCCGUCUGAAGUUUGCUAGAGUGCAUUUGGAUGAUCCAGAAGAGGAUUGGGAGAAUGUCAUAUGGUCAGAUGAAACCAAAAUAUAACUUUUUGGUAAAAACUCAACUCGUCGUGUUUGGAGGACAAAGAAUGCUGAGUUGCAUCCAAAGAACACCAUACCUACUGUGAAGCAUGGGGGUGGAAACAACAUGCUUUGGGGCUGUUUUUCUGCAAAGGGACCAGGACGACUGAUCCGUGUAAAGGAAAGAAUGAAUGGGGCCAUGUAUCGUGAGAUUUUGAGUGAAAACCUCCUUCCAUCAGCAAGGGCAUUGAAGAUGAAACGUGGCUGGGUCUUUCAGCAUGACAAUGAUCCCAAACACACCGCCCGGGCAACGAAGGAGUGGCUUCGUAAGAAGCAUUUCAAGGUCCUGGAGUGGCCUAGCCAGUCUCCAGAUCUCAACCCCAUAGAAAAUCUUUGGAGGGAGUUGAAAGUCCGUGUUGCCCAGCAACAGCCCCAAAACAUCACUGCUCUAGAGGAGAUCUGCAUGGAGGAAUGGGCCAAAAUACCAGCAACAGUGUGUGAAAACCUUGUGAAGACUUACAGAAAACGUUUGACCUGUGUCAUUGCCAACAAAGGGUAUAUAACAAAGUAUUGAGAAACUUUUGUUAUUGACCAAAUACUUAUUUUCCACCAUAAUUUGCAAAUAAAUUCAUAAAAAAUCCUACAAUGUGAUUUUCUGGAUUUGUUUUUCUCAUUUCGUCUGUCAUAGUUGACGUGUACCUAUGAUGAAAAUUACAGGCCUCUCUCAUCUUUUUAAGUGGGAGAACUUGCACAAUUGGUGGCUGACUAAAUACUUUUUUUCCCCACUGUAUAUUCACAGUAAAUCGAGUCCUAUAUCGACAUAACCUGAAAGGCCGCUCAGCAAGGAAGAAGCCACUGCUCCAAAACCGCCAUAAAAAAGCCAGACUACGGUUUAUAAAAUAAAUGAAUAUGCCAUUUAGCAGACGCUUUUAUCCAAAGCGACUGACAGUCAUGCGUGCAUAAAAAAAAUGUGUGCAUGGGUGGUCCCGGGGAUCGAACCCACUACCUUGGCGUUACAAGUGCCGUGCUCUACCAGCUGAGCUACAGAGGACUGCACAUGGGGACAAAGAUCGUACUUUUUGGAGAAAUGUCCUCUGGUCUGAUGAAACAAAAAUAGAACUGUUUGGCCAUAAUGACCAUCGUUAUGUUUGGAGGAAAAAGGGGGUGCUUGCAUGCCGAAGAACACCAUCCCAACCGUGAGGCACGGGGUGGCAGCAUCAUGCUGUGGGGGUGCUUUGCUGCAGGAGGGACUGGUGCACUUCACAAAAUAGAUGGCAUGAUGAGGAAGGAAAAAUAUGUGUAUAUUUUGAAGCAACAUCUCAAGACAUCAGCCAGGAAGUUAAAGCUUGGUCUCAAAUGGGUCUUCCAAAUGGACAAUGACCCCAAGCAUACUUCCAAAGUUGUGGCAAAAUGGCUUAAGGACAACAAAGUCAAGGUAUUGGAGUGGCCAUCACAAAGCGCUGACCUCAAUCCAAUAGAAAAUGUGUGGGCAGAACUGAUAAAUCGUGUGAGAGCAAGGAGGCCUACAAACCUGACUCAGUUACACCAGCUCUGUCAGGAGUAAUGGGCCAAAAUUCACCCAACUUAUUUUGGGAAGCUUGUGGAAGGCUACCCAAAAUGUUUGACCCAAGUUAAACAAUUUAAAGGCAAUGCUACCAAAUACUAAUUGAGUAUGUAAACUUCUGACCCACUGGGAAUGUGAUGAAAUAAAUAAAAGCUGAAAUAAAUCAUUCUCUCUACUUUUAUUCUGACAUUUCACAUUCUUAAAAUAAAGUGGUGAUCCUAACUGACCUAAGACAUGGAAUUCUUACUAGGAUUAAAUGUCAGGAAUUGUGAAAAACUGAGUUUAAAUGUAUUUGGCUAAGGUGUAUGUAAAAUUCCGACUUCAACUGUAUAUACUGUAUGGUGUCAUUUCAUGGGGCUCUGAAUAAUACGGAGUGUUGCUGUUCUUUUACUCCACCCAUUCCAUUGGCGGCCACAAUUCAAAUCACUGUAUAUGGAAAACAUCACGUGUGCAAUUACUGCGCUACAGAAUACCUUCUAUCCAAACAACAGUGCAGGGCAUGCACACUGAAUUAAAGAGCAACUACACUCAAAAAUCUAGGUUUCUAAGACUUUUCAAAGACAUCAAAAGCAUUGUUGUGAACACAGAAAAUCUAAUGUUGUUUUUAUAUUUAAAAAGUGUGACAAAACCUGAAAGAAUGGGGGAAAUCAGAAACCUGGAAAAACCAAACUGAGAAAUUGUAAUUUGGGGAAAAAAACUAAAGUAGGUAAAAAAUGUAAACAGACUUUAAAAGGCCUCACCAAAGUGUUUUGCUGUGCAUGUGCUGUCAUCCUUCAGCACAGCUUUUUGGGGAAAGUUGAGGUCAGGUCAAAUAUUGACUAUGCACCCAAGAGGGAAAGAAGUUGGGCCAGCCUAGAAAUGUUUUAGAGUAAUAUAAUAUAACAUUUAGCAGGUGCUUUUAGCCUAAGCGACUUAGUCAUAUGUGAAUACAUCUUUACGUAUGGGUGGUCCCAGGAAUCGAACCCAGUAUCCUGGCGUUGCAAUGCUCUACCAAGAUACAUGACAGGGUUAUAAAUGCUUUGUGAACCGUCAAUUUAAUAUGAUUCAUAAGGCCUUUAUUAAGCAGUACUUAUGCCACCCUUUAUAAAGCACAGGUUUAUGUCAUAUUUGACUUAGUGGGUUACGUCACAUUUGACAUUGGUGGCUAUGUCACACAGUUAAGCCACAUUUAUGAACCCUUUAUGAAGCAUGACAUACAGUUAUAGAUGAUUUGUAACAAUUUAGGUAGUGUUUAUGAAGCCUUUAUAAGCUGCAUGGAAAGCGGGACCAGAAUGGUCAACUAAAACGUAACAUUAAAAUGUGACAAAAUAUGACAGUUAUAGAUGAUUUGUAACAAUUGAUUCAACAUGUUUUUUCCUGGUGGGUUGACCCUUGAUUUUUUGUUUAAUCUGCUCAACCAGUACUGGUGAUGAACCUGCCAGAUAUGUCAUCUAACUAGCACACACGACAGGACUGUUGAAUUCUAAGUCAAGUGUCAUCUUAAUGCUGUGUAAAUCCAAACUUGUUCUUCUGAAAGCUCAGUGUGGAAAGACUGCUAGCUGCAACUUUGAACUCAGGCAUUAGUUUCAAGGGCAGAGUGUAUUUUCGAUCAUAGCUGAGUCGUUAGUACAUGUAAGAACCAAGUAACUUUACAGAGAGAGAGAGAGAGAGAGACGUAAUAAAUUAAUUCAGACACAUUUUGUUGUACUGUAAUUGGAGCCUUGAGAGCAUUGUGUGUGUGUGUGUGAGAGUGUGUGUGAGAGAGACAUUUUAACAAAAUAAAAGUACCAUAGUGAAUCUGCACAGAAGACUCUCCCUUCAUCUUCCAGUAUUUUAACAACGUUCAUUGUUUUCCAGCUACAAUAAACGUCUAAAUGACAUCAAAGAAUGCAAAGAACAAGCACUGUCGCACGCGUAAGUAUAUCCUCUUCAUUGUCCCCCAGUCGUUUUUUUAUACUGCCUUGCAAUAUAAUUUUCAUAAUGCUAAGUCAAUAAAACAUUAAUUUUGCAUUCAUUGCAGUGGAUCCAUGCAUAGAGAAAGGCGCAAGUUUCUUAGGUCUGCCCUGAAAGAGUUGGCCACAGUUCUGUCUGACCAGCCUGGACUGCUGGGCCCAAAGGUAAAACCAACCCCCAAAAAUAUCCCCUUUUUUAAUCUAUCGAUGGAUAUGUAUGGUCAUUAUUGUUGAAUAAGUGUGCUAUUUGCUUCUGUCACUAACAAGUCAUCUUCGAUAAGUAACACACAUUAUCUAUGUUAUAUGUGAUAGUCUGAAGAGGAAAUUCAGCAAAUCUUGGAGGACAGUGGAAGUUGAUAAAGGCUUUUUUUAAUCAACUUCCACUGUUCUCCAAGAGUUGCGGAAUUUCCUAUUCACUUUAGUUUACUCCUCAAUUCAUGUGUUUUGCGUCAGUGUUCCCUUCCCUUUUUAUGUGAUAAUGUAAUAAGAUGUGUUUGAUUCUAAAGGCCGGGUUGUUUUUCCACAGGCUCUGUUUGUGUUCAUGGCUCUCUCUUUCGCCCGGGACGAGAUCAUCUGGCUCCUCCGCCACGCAGACAAUAUACAGAAAAAAAGCACAGAUGACUUCAUUGACAAGUAAGCUGUAUUCUCAACGGUACAAAACAUCUGGGGGGAAAAUGCUAGAGCCGACUGCUGAUUCUUUGCUUCAAAUUAACAGUGGUUUGGUUAUAUGAAAUCCUCUCACCUGGGGUGUAUUCACUAGGAACCAAACGGAAGCAAACAGUCGUAAUGGGGAUGGACUAACUUAAGGCUGGGUGAUAAAUCAUGUUUUGGCAAUUCAUUAGCAUUUUUUUUUUGUGUGUAAUAGGAAACACCUGUAUCACGAGUAUCAAGUUUUUAUAAGCGUUUUGUUAUAACAUCGGCAUAUGCGGCAUCUCACACCUCUGCACACCUCAACUGUGUCACAGCACAUGCACCAUGUUUCGAAAAGUUAUCUACCAAUCCUGACCUGCCUUAACUACAUGUUGUAACCGCACCUGUCAAGUGAAGCAUCAACAGCAGCAGACCAGUGUGAGAAUGGCGCUGAAGUGCUAAGAGGUUGGUUCCAUCAUCACAGACAGCAGAAAAGUUGAAAUUUUUACAUUUUAGUCAUUUAGCAGACACUCUUAUCCAGAGCGACUUACAGUUAGUGAGUGCAUACAUUUUUAAUACUGGCCCCCCCAUGGGAAUCGAACCCACAACCCUGGCGUUGCAAGCGCCAUGCUCUACCAACUGAGCUACAGGAGGCUACACAAAAUGUACUUGAUAUUCUACUCUACUCAAACUAUGGAACAUCCCUAGCCAUGAAGUGCUUUCAAAGGCUGGUCAUGGCUCACAUCAAUACCAUUAUCCCAGAAACCCUAGGCUCACACCAAUUUGCAUACCGCCCCAACAGAUCCACGGAUGAUGCAGUCUCUAUUGCGCUCCACACUGCCCUUUCACACCUGGACUAAAGGAACACCUAUGUGAGAAUACUAUUCAUUGACUACAGCUCAGCAUUCAACACCAUAGUGCCCUCAAAGCUCACCACUAAGCUAAGGACCCUGGCACUAAACACCUCCCUCUGCAACUGGAUCCUGGACUUCCUGACGGGCCGCCCCCAGGUGUUAAGGGUAGGUAACUACACAUCCGCCACGCUGAUCCUCAACACGGGGGCCCCACAUGGGUGCGUGCUCAGUCCCCUCCUGUACUCCCUGUUCACGCGUGACUGCAUGGCCAGGCACGACUUCAACACCAUCAUUAAGUUUGCCGAUGACACAACAGUGGUAGGCCUGAUCACCGACAACGAUGAGACAGCCUAUAAGGAGGAAGUCAGAGACCUGGCCAUGGGGUGCCAGGACAACAACCUCUCCCUCAACGUGAUCAAGACAAAGGAGAUGAUUGUGGACUACAGGAAAAAGAAGAGGACCGAGCACGCCACCAUUCUCAUCGACAGGGCUGUAGUGGAGCAGGUUGAGAGCUUCAAGUUCCUUGGUGUCCACAUCACCAACAAACUAACAUGGUCCAAGCACACCAAGACAGUCGUGAAGAGGGCACGACAAAACCUAUUCCCCCUCAGAUCCUCAAAAGGUUCUACAGCUGCACCAUCGAGAGCAUCCUGACUGGUUGCAUCACUGCCUGGUAUGGCAACUGCUCGGCCUCCGACCGCAAGGCACUACAGAGGGUAGUGCGUAUGACCCAGUACAUCACUGGGGCCAAGCUUCCUGCCAUCCAGGACCUCUAUACCAGGCGGUGUCAGAAGAAGGCCCUAUAAAUUGUCAAAGAUUGCCACCCUAGUCAUAGACUGUUCUCUCUACUACCACACGGCAAGCAGUACUGGGGCGCCAAGUCUAGGUCCAAGAGCCUUCUAAACAAAUUCAACCCCCAAGCCAUAAGACUCCUGAACAUCUAAUCAAAUGGCUACCCAGACUACAUGAUCAAAAGUAUAUGGACACCUGCUCUUCGAACAUCUCAUUCCAAAAUCAUGGGCAUUAAUAUGGAGUUGGUCCCCCCUUUGCUGCUAUAACAGCCUCUGAUCAUCUGGGAAGGGUUUCCACUAGAUGUUGGAACAUUGCUGCAGGGACUUGCUUCCAUUCAGCCACAAGAGCAAUAGUGAGGUUGGGCACUGAUGUUGGGUGAUUAGGCCUGGCUCGCAUCGAUGGGGUUGAGGUCAGGGCUCUGUGCAGGCCAAUCAAGUUCUUCCACACAGAUCUCAACAAAACAUUUCUUUAUGGUCCUCGCUUUGUGCACAGGGGCAUUGUCAUGCUGAAACCGGAAAGGGCUGUCCCCAAAAUGUUGCCACAAAGUUGGAAGCACAGAUCGUUUAGAAUGUCAUUGUAUGCUGUAGAGUUAAGAUGCAUUGGGGCGGGUAGCGUUCUCCAUGCAUCCGCCAAACCCAGAUUCGUCCAUCGGACUGCCAGAUGGUGAAGCGUGAUUCAGAGAACGCGUUUCCACUGCUCCAGAGUUCAAUGGCAGCGAGCUUUAGGCCACUCCAGCUGGUGCUUGGCAUUGUGCAUGGUGAUCUUAGGCUUGUGUGCGGCUGCUCGGCCAUGGAAAACCAUUUCAUGAAGCUCCCGACGAACAGUUCUUGUGCUGACGUUGCUUCCGGAGGCAGUUUGGAACUCGGUAAUGAGUGUUGCAACCGAGGACAGAAGAUUUUUACGCACUACGUGCUUCAGCACUCUGUGAGCUUGUUUAGCCUACCACUUCGCGGCUGAGCCGUUGUUGCUCUUAGACCUUUCCACUUGACAAUAAAAGCACUUACAGUUGAACGGGACAGCUCUAGCAGGGCCGAAAUUUGACGAACUGACUUGUUGGAAAGGUGGCAUCCUAUGAGGGUGCCACGUUGAAAGUCUGAGCUCUUCAGUAUGGCCGUUCUACUGCCAAUGUUUGUCUAUGGAGAUUGCAUGGAUGUGCGCUCGAUUUGAUACACCUGUCAGCAACGGGUGUGACUGAAAUAGCCAAAUCCACAAAUUUGAAGGGGUGUCCACAUACUUUUUGUAUAUAUAGUGUAUAUAUCGUGUGUCGCCCAUACAUUUAAAAACAUUUAGUAGAUUUUUAGGUAAUAUCGCCAAGCCCAAGGGGUACUCAAAUACUAUUUGAGAAGGUCCGGUCACACACAUUUCCUAGGUGGCAAAGGUCAGGAUGUAUAUUGUUAUUUAUAGGCGUAGUAACAAACCCCCACCUCGCAACACAUGUACCCUAAAAUGUUGAAUUUUUAAAGCUCAUUCUCUGCAAUUCUACACAUUUUGCAAUGUCUUAUAUGUGUGUUCAUAAUGAUACCUGAGUGACUCAACAAAAUCAUUGCUACCAAAUAGAGUUCUACAAGCAGUUGUUACAACAACAAGAAAAUAGCUUCAAGUGUUUUGUCCAAAUACUGGUGGAGUCAACUAAUAAAAUAAUGGACAACCUGACGAGAGGUCCAGGACCUGAAGAACAGUUUGCAGUUCUCCCAGGGUCAGCUCGAUGAGUUUAAACAGGAGAACGGCAAGAUGACCGCAAUCUGUAAGUAAUUGAGAGAGGACAUCAGUUCUGUAUGUGAAUGACAGAGAAAUCUGAUUAUCUCGAGGGACAAUCAAGGCGGAACAACAUGGUUGUGGACGGAAUUGCAGAAUAUCCACAUGAGACGUGGACGUAGUCUGAAGACAAAGUGAGGGAAAUGAUCUCUGAGAAACUGAAGAUGGACCACAGGAAGACUGAGGUGGAGCGCGCCCACAGGACUGGAAAACCCACCACUGGCCCAGGUGACAGACCCAGGCCGAUAGUGGUCAAGUUCCUGAGGUUCAAGAACAAGGUAGCUGUUCUGGAAAUAGUGAAAGAUGAUGGGAGGUCUGUUCGUAAUAAAGAGAUGCUCUACUUUUCUGACCCCACACUCCACAAAGCAAGUCCUUCAGGCUCUAGUUUGAUCUUAUCUUGAUUAAUGUCCAGGCUUAUUGCUGCAAAUAAAGACCUAGUUAAGCUGCAGCUGGCCCAGAACAGAGUGGCACGUCUUGCUCUUCAUUGUAAUCAGAGGGCUAAUAUAAAUAAUAUGCAGCCAGUCUCUCUUGGCUAAGAGUUGCGGAAAGACUGACUGCGUCACUUCUUGUUUUUAUAAUAAACAUUAAUGUGUUGGAAAUUCCAAAUUGUUUGCAUAGUCAACUUACACACAGCACUGACACACACGCUUACCCCACCAGCCAUGCCACCAGGGGUCUUUUCACAUUCCCCAGGUCCAGAACAAAUUCAAGGAAACGUACAGCAUUAUACAGAGCCAUGAGAGCAUGGAACUCCCUUCCAUCUUAUAUAGCGCAAGUGAACAGCAAACCUGGUUUCAAAAAACAAAUAAAGCAACACUUCACAGCACAACGCCACUCCCCCAUGUGACCUACUUGUUGUGUGUAUGUACUGACAUGUAUGUGUAACUGAUCGAUGCACACACACACUACAUGUUAAUGUUUUUAAAUGUAUGUAAAUUAUAAAGUAUUUUGUCUGUAAUGUAUUUUUCGUUAUAUGUUGGAACCCAGUAAGACUAGCUGUUGCCAUUGGCGUCGGCUAAUGGGGAUCCUAAUAAAUCAAAUAAAAAUAAUGGAGACCCCCGGGCACUUAAUCUGGCCAUAAUGACUACAAGAUUUAGAUGGCUGGUUAGCCUUACUUACCUACCUAGCUAACAUGGGCUAGUAGUUGAUCAACUGAACAUUUCUGACAGGUUAUAAAUAGCUCUCCAAGGUCUGUCCGUGGUUACCAUAUUUUCGAAAUUGCACCUUGUGCCUUCUGCUAUUACAACUCUCAACAGCAGUAAGUUAAAAGCCUGACUGAUUUCCAAAAGUUGAAAUAUUGUUGAGUAUGGCAUGGCUGCCCUAGACUAACUUGAACUUGUUCCAUAAGAAACAUUUGUUUUGCUACGGUGUGCACCACUGAAUACACCCCUGACUUCUCCUUUUCUCUUGUUGCUUCUCAGGCACAUUGCAGAGCUCAUCUUCUACAUGGAGGAGCUCAGGGCACACGUCAGGAAGUAUGGUCCCGUAAUGCAACGGUACUAUGUGCAGUACCUCUCCGGCUUUGACGCUGUGGUUCUCAACGAGCUUGUGCAGGUGAGACCCCCUCCCCCCAUAUACACAUUAACACGUGCACGCUGACACACGCAUACUAGUUUCUUGCAUUCAACAACAACAAGACAGUGACACGUAGACCUCCCCUUCCAGAACCUCUCCGUCUGCCCUGAGGACGAAUCCAUCAUCAUGUCCUCCUUUGUGAACACCAUGACCUCCCUCAGCGUGAAGCAAGGUAUUCAGCCUGACAUUUAAGAUACUAACCCGCCUGCUGCUACCUCCUUCCCAAGUGUUGCUUUAUGUAUGGGCACUGUGGUGGGUGCGGAUGUUGACAUCAGGAAAUGAGGAGUGUUUGUGCUUGUGUUGCAGUGGAGGACGGAGACGUGUUUGAUUUCCGGGGCAUGAGGCUUGACUGGUUCCGUCUGCAGGUAAGCCACUGACAGCCCAGGGCUAAUUAUGGUAGCCAUAUCAAAAACUGUCCUCGUAUUACAAAAACUCAAUAACUCUAUGCUACCCUAGUUAUACCCUUAUGGGCCAGUUUUUUGGACCCAGAUUAGAAUCUCCUUUGGAAGUGCUUUUUAGAAUAGUAUUAGGCUUAAUUUGUGUCUGGGAAACUGUCCCUAUGAAUAUUAUGUCCAUUUGUAAACAAUGUGCUGCAUGCUGUAUUCCAAAGGGGGGUAUAUAGUAGUCAACAGCUAGCGAUUUGGCCGCUAUUUAGUGAGCGAGAUGUCUCGGCAGUAAAUUAUACACAUUUUAGAACCAGAGCAACAUAAAUUGAACAAAACAGUUACGUUUUGUCAUUGUAUCCUGGGUAAAUUAGUUUGCAGCAUUUACAGUACUUAAACAGUGGUGUUUACCCCCCUUAAUUCUUUAGAAUCGAAGACUUUGGGGGAGGAGGGAGUGCUAAACUGACAUAUGGAAUUGUUUUAAGCUGGUCAUACUAUGGAUCAUUUAGCUAUCUGGUUUAGAAUUUUAGGACCCCUUUAGGUAUAAAAAACUAUAUAUAAAAAAUUGAUUUGAUAAAAUGUUGAUUUUGGUCUUUUCUACUAAAGCCCAUAGAAACGCAUUGAAUAACACAAUUCAUAAAUGGCAAAAAACAGAAAUACCUUAUUUGCAUAGGUAUUCAGACCCUUUGCUAUGAGACUCGAAAUUGAACUAUUUUCAUUAAUCAUCCUUCGGAUGUUUCUACAACUUGAUUGGAGUCCACCUGUGAUUGGACAUACAUUUGGAAGGUCCCACAGUUGACAGUGCAUGUCAGAGCAAAAACCAAGCUAUGAGGUCAAAGGAAUUGUCCGCAGAGCUCCGAGACAGGAUUGUGUUGAGACACAGAUCUGGGAAAGGGUACCAAAAAAUGUCUGCAGCAUUGAAGGUCCCCAAGAACACAAUGGCCUCCAUCAUUCUUAAAUGGAAGAAGUUUGGAACCACCAAGACUCGUCCUAGAGCUGGCCGCCCGGCCAAACUUAGAAAUCGGGAGGUGGGAGGUGACCAAGAACCCGAUGGUCACUCUGACAGAGCUCUAGAGUUCCUCUGUGGAGAUGGGAGAACCUUCCAGAAGGACAACCAUCUCUGCAGCACUCCACCAAUCAGGCCUUUAUUGUAGAGUGGCCAGACGGAAGCCACUCCUCAGUUAAAGGCAUAUGACAGCCCACUUGGAGUUUGCCAAAAGGCACCUAAAGGACUCUCAGACCAUGAGAAACAAGAUUAUCUGGUCUAAUGAAACCAAGAUUGAACUCUUUGGCCUGAAUGCAAAGCGUCAUGUCUGAAAGAUGAACGGAGCAAAGUACAGAGAGAUCCGUUAUGAAAACCUACUCCAGAGCGCUCAGGACCUCAGACUGGGGCGAAAGGUUCACCUUCCAACAGGACAACGACCCUAAGCAUACAGCCAAGACAACGCAGGAGUGGCUUCGGGGCAUGUCUUUGAAUGUCCUUGAGUGGCCACUCUACCAUUUGGCAGUACGUCCGGUUGUACGUACUGCCAAAAUCUCUAACACAAUGUUGGAGGCAGCUUAUGAACAUUAGAUUCUCUGGCAACAGCUCUAGCGGACAUUCCUGCAGUCAGCUUGCCAAUUGCACGCUCCCUCAAAACUUGAGACAUCUGUGGCAUUGUGUUGUGUGACAAAACUGCACAUUUUAAAGUGGCCUUUUAUUGUCCCCAGCACAAGGUGCACCUGUGUAAUGAUAAUGUUGUUUAAUCAGCUUCUUGAUAUGCCACACCUGUCAGGUAGAUGGAUUAUCUUGGCUAAGGAGAAAUGCUUACUAACAGGGAUGUAAACAAAUUUGCGCACAACAUUUGGGAGAAAUACGCUUUUGUGCGUAUGGAACAUCUCUAGGAUUUUGUUUUUCAGCUCAUGAAACGUGGAACUAACACUUUCCAUUUUAUGUUUAUAUUUUUGUUCAGUGUAGUUUGUAGGUCAUAUCGUUCAGACGCUACAGACAUUUCCGUGAGAAAACAGAUUUUCGGGACGUCUCAUGGUCUGACAAACACCGCUCUAGCUCUGCCACCUUUCACUGCAGAUGCGGAAGUGCGACACUGGCGGAUGCGGUUGAUUGAGACUCAUCCAAUGCAAAAAAAAACUGAUUUCCCUCUUGUUUUGUUAUUUAACUUAGAUUGACAUGUUAAUCUACUCUAGGGGGUUAAACACCAGUUGUAAGAGAGACUGGAAUAUGAUGCUAGCUGAAAGGGAGAAUGGUUUUGAUUGAAAUUCAAGGUAUUUUGAUUGAUGUAAUCAAACUAUGUUGUCUGUCUCUCUCUCUCUCUCCAGGCCUACACCAGUGUGUCCAAAACCUCUCUGGGCAUCGCUGACCACCGGGAGCUGGGCAAGAUGAUGAACACCAUCAUAUUCCACACCAAGAUGGUGGACUCCCUGGUGGAGAUGCUGGUGGAAACCUCGGACAUCUCCAUCUUCUGGUAAUUAAUAACCCAACAGACAGAAAAUAUAUGUAUAUAUUUUUGCAUAUAUAAAUUAUAUAUACAGGGUAGGUCAGCAUUGAUACUAGAUCUCAUUUACAAGGGAGCCAUGUGAAUAAAAUGUAAUGCAAUAUAAUGUAAAAAUAUCAAUAUAUAAUUAAAACAAGCACAACUUUCAUAUAUCACCGCCCUUAAACUUGGUCUAAUCUGUCCAAUGGAGACCAGCGAGUCUAACUUCAAGGUGGCCUCAAGGCUAUUCCAUUAGCUGGUGGGUAUAAAAACUAAAAGCAGUGAUGUGUACGGAAAUGGUCCCCAGUAAUAAAACGCAGUGCUGAAUCUAAAGGUUUUAAAACAGAGGCUGCCGCGUGCAUGUAGAUUGUAUCACCAUAAUCAAGGACUGGGAGAAGCGUUGCUUGAACAAUCUUCCUCCUACUUUCAAAAUUGAGCCAGGAUGUAUUUCUAUAAAGAAACCAAUCUUAAUUCUCUGCUUUUCAAUGUGUGUUUUAAAAGAUCGUCAAUCCAAGUACUUAUAAUGGGGAACUUGCACAAUUUGGGCUCCCUUCAAUGUGUAAAUACGCAGGUCCUCAGGGUCAAUAUUAUGAGACCUAGAGAACAGCAUAAACCUGGUUUUAUUAGGAUUUAGCACUAGUUUAAGAUCAGUAAGCAAUUUUUUAUUUUAUUGAGUCAAAACCAUGCUGAAGGUCAUGAAUGAAAUAACUAUAAUCUGCGUAGAGAUUGUUACAGGUUCUAACAAAUAGACCAUUUAAAAAAAUAUAAAUAGUGAAAAGAACGGAGCCCAAAAUGGACCCCUGCGGCACAUCUUUCUUAUUUUGAGGAAACUAGAUUUGAUACCAUCAAUAAGCACACGUUGUGUCCUGUUAUAGAUAUAAGAUUGCAUAGAACUGCACCAUUGGGUAUAUGCCUCAAGCAAGGACCUGUUCUUGCUCGAGUAGGCCUAACAGCUCUUAGCACCGAGCCAAUGUUGGUGGAUAGCAGUCUGGAUCCUUAGGAUGAAAUAGAUAUACAAUGGUUUCUCAGCCAAACAUGUAGAGACCACAUACGGCUGAAUUUCUCACAGUUCCAAUGCGCAGACGGAAUAGAAACGGAGAUUAUGGGUUGUUUACUCGACUCCUAUAUGGUCUCGAUAAGCUGUUUGAAAAUGGAUUUGAGCUUUUCUGCUUUCACUCGCAUGACAUAAUUUGAUCCGAUACGAAUCACAACUCGUUUUGUGUCAGGGAGUUGCUUUUUGAUGGUUGGGAACAGUUAUUGUAAAUCCGUCACGCACGCCCCCAGGUAACAAAGAGUACUUGCAUCUGGGACGCAACAUGACAAACCAUGGAGGUUUCAGCAAUGAUGCUAGAUCAGGAGUCUCCAACCUUGUUCCUGGAGAGCUUACCCUCAUGUAGGUUUUUGCUCCAACCCCAGUUGUAACUAACCUGGUUCAUCUUAUCAACCAGCUAAUUAUUAGAAUCAGGUGUGCCAGAUUAGGGUUGGCGUGAACCUACAGGACGGUAGCGCUCCAGAAACAGGGUUGGAGAGCCCUGUGCUACAUGGAGGAUGAUUCCUUCCAACUGGGGCAGACGAAGCACCUCCUGCUGCUCCCCCAUUUCGAACAUCGCUGGAGUUUGGGGCUGGGGGGAGCCUUGAACUCACAUCGGGUGUUCUCGUAGCCCUCAGCGGACUGGGAGCCGCGGACCGCUCAUUACUCACAAUGGGGACUCCGGACGUCCUUCUUGCGAAUCUUGCUGUGGGAGUGGAGAUUCCAGGCUGAAAUUGAUUGGCCAGGAACAGCCCAGACCGCGCUUGUCGUCAGUGGCUCGUUCUUCUACCUUUCCCUCGGCUUUUACCUUUACCGGCGAAUGUCACCCAGUGCUGGGACUGGGUAGAUGGCAUCGGGGUAGAGCUGGUCGGAACGCCAUUGUGUAGCUGUAUGUUUGGGAAGUCAACCUCAUAGUUUUCGUCCCGGUCUGCCUCAAUGGCAGACCCGCCCCAAGGGAGCGUAUAUUCGUAGGCCGCAUCCACUCUAGAAGCCUCUUGGCGAUAAUUCAGUCUACUCUUCAGUUCCCUCUUGAAGUGUGAUCAUCCGAUCCUUCAGCUCAGCAUUUUGAUUGCACUUUAGACAGACGUAGACCUGGGUAAAUUAUUCCUCCUUCACACUAGAACUGCCAGGCCUUUCAGCCUAUAAGUAUCCGCUAGAGAAUGUUGUCGGGGGACAAUAGCAUACACAUGGCCUCCAGCCAAUGACGGGUCAACAUUCGAACAGUCUAAUAAAUACAUGUCAUAUAUGCUAUAGGAAGAAUAAUCAUUUGGUUGUGUUUAUGAAGGUCUUAAGGUAACAUUAGAAUACGAAAAAACUAUUACUUCAAAGAACAUAAUAGCAUUUUCAUUAGUUUAUGUUACUGUAGGCUAUAAGUAAAAUGAAAGAAUAAAAUCCAUAACACAGAAAUCCAUUAUAAUUUCAUUUUGGCAGGUUUAAAGAAACAUUGAAAAUAAUAAAUGUAUUUAAAAUAUAUAUAUAUUAAGUUUAUUUUGUUACUAAUCUUUGCUUAGUGGCCUGAGCGAUGCUGCCGUGCGAGUGCUCAUGUGCUGAACGCAUGGACUUUUAAAAAGUGAUAUUUGGAGAUAGAGCUGCAUCUCACGAAUUUUGAGAGCUAUUUGACAAAGGUAAGUGUCUUAGAAACUGCAGAAUAUGCUCUUUCUAAUAAAUCAAAGCGUUUUACCUGCAUGUGAUUUGAAGGAGGAUUUGAUAAAGUGGUGCUCCUUUCCCUGCCUCUGUCAAUUAAUUCCAAGCUGCGCCCAUCUCUUCAUUUACAAUUUGACAACUGAUAAUAUUUCUUAUUAUGUGUGAAAUUAGUUUCGGUAUAGUUUAGGUGUAGUUCGCGAAUAGAGUCAAGGAUAUGUUUUGCAUUAAUCUGAAGGGCUACUGCAACACGUAGCAUGUUUGUAUUUACCUAUCAAUACUUUCAAUUAGUAAUAGAGUUAUAGUAGAUAAUACAGUCCAGUAACCGCUUAUUUUUACAAAAAACGUAAAAUAGAAUGAUAUCAACCCGCAAGGUGCACGGUCAAAUGAUUUGCUAUAAACAUGAGCACUAACGAUAAUAAAUAGGCAUAACACAAAUGUAAAGAAAUAUUCGUGAAAAUAUAUAUUAAUGACAAGAUAUGAAAACAAGAUUAAUUUAUUGAUUGUUUUGGAUAUGAUUGCUCUAGAUGGAUUUUGAGUUUCUGACUUUCUUGGUGUCCCGGUCUCAUUGGUGGUGAUAGCUUCUACAGCCGAGCAUUUGAGAAGAUGUUUCAGCAGUGUUUGGAGCUGCCCUCACAGUCGCGCCACUCUAUCUCGUUCCCCCUGCUGUGCACACACUUCAUGAGCUGCACCCACGAGCUCUGUCCCGAAGAGGUAAGGCCCCACAACCAAAGCAACCAAUGGUUGAAUGAAAACCUUAUGAAGCAUAACCAUCACAUCCAUAUCUAGAAUUCGUUUUGUAAGUCUAUGUCUGCAAAAUUCUGGAAACAUUCCUAAAGUUCCUGAGUUUUUCAGAAAUCCCCGUUGGAGGAUUCCCAGUUGGAGUAUUCCCUCCCUGCAUUUUCCCUCCUGAUUCCGGGAAUCCUCCAACUGGGAUUUUUGAAAAACCUGGGAACUUUGGGAAAGUUUCUGUAAUUUAGCAACCCAACUUGAGAUUCUCAUAAAACACUUAGGGCAGCAUUUUCAUAAUGCUAAAUAAUUGUGCAAAGUGCAAAACCUACUAUAAAUGUCAUUAUCUGUCAGUGUGAAAUAAUUUGAAACUUUUCUUCAACAAUGUGCAAUGUGCAUAACAAAGUGAUUUAUGUAUUGAUCAGUUUACUAACAACAAACGUUUCAAAUUAAAUCACUGUGAGAUUAUAAUGAGGUUUAUUGUCAUUUUUGCAUUUUGCAUAAUUAUUUUGCACUUCGAAAAUGUUGCACUAAGAUUCCCAUCUCACACUGCUCCUGAGUGGUUAACUACCUGUCCCUUCCCUGCAUUCUCCCAGCGGCAUCACAUUGGCGACCGCAGUCUGUCGCUCUGCAACAUGUUCCUGGACGAGAUGGCCAAGCAGGCGCGCAACCUCAUCACCGACAUCUGCACCGAGCAGUGCACGCUCAGUGACCAGGUGAGGGGCCAUUGCCAUGGAGACCGGUGUCCUUGUGGAAUAGGGUAUAUAAUGAUGUAUUUGUCACUUUAGCGGUCACUUUUUUCCAUAGUGACUUCAGUACAGUAAAUGCAUAUAUUUUUAGUAUGUGUAUGUGAUCCAGAGUAGGAGUGCUGCUGAUUUUAGGUUUUGACUUUUAUAAUGAAUGGACAGGGGCAAUAUUGAUGUGAGCCUAAUUUAUAGUUUAUCGUCAAUCUGACAGCUUCAUGGAAUCCUAUGAUAACUUCUUAUCAAGGUAUAGAUACAAUUAUUGCACAUAGAUUUUCAUUCAGAUUUAGAUUUUCUCUCUCUGCAGCUGCUCCCUAAACACUGUGCGAAAACCAUCAGUCAGGCAGUGAACAAGAAGUCUAAAAAGCAGACUGGGAAGAAAGGUGAGCCGGAGCGAGAGAAGCCGGGUGUUGAGAGCAUGAGGAAGAACAGGCUCCUGGUCACCAAGUGAGUUACAUGUGUCUGUGCCGGGGUGCAUAUAUGUGUGUGACUGUUUGUGUGUGUGCCUGCGUGUGUGUGAUGGUAUGUGUGGUUGGUGAAGCGGAUCUCCAGGUGGGAGGUGAGGUACUCGCGGAGGGUAAAGGUGUGUCAGUAGUUGCUGAUGUUAAUUUCUAUCUCAUUGUGUCUUCCAGCCUGGACAAGCUGCACACGGCGCUGUCGGAGCUGUGCUUCUCCAUCAACUACGUGCCCAACAUGGUGGUGUGGGAGCACACCUUUACCCCCCGCGAGUACCUCACCUCCCACCUGGAGAUCCGCUUCACCAAGUGAGUCCACCCACCCACACAUAGGAUACCUCCCAAAUGGUGAGCUUUUCCCUAUUUAGUGCACUACUUUUGACCAGGGCCCUAAGUGCACUAUAUAGGGUAUAGGCUUCCAUUUGGGACAUUGCCAUAUUUCAACAGCAAUGUUUCCAAUCCUUCUGGUCCUCAAGUGUUUAUGCUGUGUUAGGAUAUCAUACGAUACAAUCGAUACAAUGGAUAUGAUACGAUAGAUACGAUAGAUAGAUAUGAUACAUUAUGAAAUAUAUGAUACAUUACCAUGGAUUGAAACAAUAUGAUCGAUAGAUACGAUCUAUAGAUCGAUCCAAGACUCAUGAUGCUCCCUCUUCUCUCAGGUCCAUUGUGGGGAUGACCAUGUACAACCAGGCCACGCAGGAGAUCGCCAAGCCCUCCGAGCUGCUCACCAGCGUGCGUUCCUACAUGACGGUGCUGCAGUCCAUCGAGAACUAUGUGCAGAUCGACAUCACGCGGGUGUUCAACAACGUGCUGCUGCAGCAGACCCAGCAUCUGGACAGCCACGGGGAGCCCACCAUCACCAGCCUCUACACCAACUGGUGAGUCCCGCCCAACCAACACACCAGUCCUCAGUUCACAUAUUAUGUCAUCUGGGUGAUUCCUCAUGAAACCAGGACAAAAUAAAUGUCCAAUGAGUGGAUGGAGAUUUGGGCCGUAUGUAUUAAGCGUCUCAGAGUAGGAGUGCUGAUUUAGGAUCUGUUUUUCCUUUUAGAACACAAUGAAUAAGAUAACAUGGACAGGGGGGACAUGAUCCUAGAUCAGCACUCCUACACACAGGUUGAAAUCCGUUCUAUCGUGUCAUCCAGUGAGAUUGAGUCUGCUUGUGUGUCCAUAGGUAUCUGGAGACCUUGCUCCGGCAGGUAAGCAAUGGCCACAUUGCCUACUUCCCUGCCAUGAAGGCCUUUGUCAACCUGCCCACGGAGAACGAGCUCAUCUUUAACGCUGAGGAGUAUUCGGAUAUAUCCGGUGAGACCAUCAGAACCAUUUAUUAGACGUAAUAGAGGCUUGCAAUACUUUGAGCAGGAAUUUUUUGCCUCUCCUGUAUAGGACAAUGUGAUGUGAUGGUUAUAGUGUAUACUGAGGCUGCUGUGUAGUGAAUAUAGUUUUGUGAAUAUUCUGCUGCUCUAGGACAACACGUUUUUUGGGGGGGAAAGCCUUGCAGCCUUUAUUGGGUUAAAUAUGUGUACAUUUUAAUCAUGGCCACCUACAUACUUAAAUCCCAAAAGCAUUGGGGAUAAGCGAGAGGAGUAUGAAUAGUGACCUAUUGACACAAAGCAUUUCUGACAUCCCCCUGCUCUCUCUUUCCCACAGAGAUGAGGUCACUGUCGGAGCUGCUGGGACCCUAUGGCAUGAAGUUCCUCAGCGAGAGCCUCAUGUGGCACAUAUCCUCCCAGGUGGCAGAACUCAAGGUGUGGUCACUGACUGAAUCUGAGGUGUUCUUGUUUGUUUUUGUUUUCCUUCAGAGCUGUUUGUACUCAUGUUGAUGCCCCUGGGCUCUAUAUCUCUGUUGAAUCUCAUUAAUAGUACCUCUCUCUUUUUUUCUUUUGUUCUUUCUGUUUGUUUGUCUGUCUCUCUCUCUCUCUCUCUCUCUCUCUCCCCCCUCCCUCUCACUUCCAAAGAAACUGGUGGUGGACAACGUGGAAGUUCUUAACCAGAUGAGGACCAGCUUUGAUAAGCCAGAGCAGAUGGCAGCCCUCUUUAAGAAGCUCUCAUGUACGUCUCUCUCUUGCCCAUGUCUUACUCUCGUAGCCCCAAAACAGAAGAAGCAGUGUGACUAUCAGUGUGCUUGUUGCCAUAUUAAGCACAUCCUGUAUAUGGUAAUGAGUCCAGAUGUGCUCCCUUUUAGCAUAUUUCUAAAUGUUUUUCCCUCAGAUCAAGACUGUACUGAGUUUUGUAACACUUUUACAGGAGGUUAAAGCUUUGUUAUGUCUUUGUCUGUGUUCUGUAGCUGUUGACAGCGUCCUGAAAAGGAUGACCAUUAUUGGAGUCAUCUUGUCAUUCCGAUCACUGGCCCAGGAAGCACUCCGCGAUGUAAGUCCAGUCACGACACUUAUCCUGACCAAUACUGUAUCACUGUCACAAACUGGGCCUCUGUAUCAUCACUGAAGUCCUCUGCUGUAUAUCUGGAUUCAAAUAAGAUCAAGUCAAAAUUGGCAUUAAUGUGGCCUGGGUGGUAUAGUGGUUAGUUCCACCGCCUACAGCACUUGUAUACCAGUGUCGACAUGGGUUUGAAAACGCACUCUCUUUUCCUAUUAUUCCCUACUUUCUCUCUCUCUGUCUAAUAAAAUAUAUAAAAAUAUGAAAGUAGUGAAAGAAAGAUGCCAGUAACUAGAUUUAACAUGACAACAUACCGGCACUCAAAUGUGACCCCUUUUUCUGUCACAUCAUCCGUCGUCAGGUGCUGUCCUGCCACAUUCCUUUCCUGGUGAGCUCCGUCGAGGAUUUCAAGGACCACAUUCCCAGAGAGACAGACAUGAAGGUAGGAGGCAACGGGUAUAGGACCUUUCUCACUGGGUUAGAAUGGGAAAACAGUCUAGAUCAGUGUUUCCCAAACCUCUCUCGAGUACCCCCAGACAGUUUGACUUAUUAGAUGUAUUCCAGUACAAGCACACCUAAUUAAAUUGGUUAACCAAACACCAAGCCCUUCAUUAGUUGAAUCAGGUGUGCUAGUUCUGGAAUACAUAAAAUAGGUGGAACUAGUGUCCCCUGUACUCGAGGAUAGAUUUUGGAAACACUUUUGUAGAUGAUGAUCUUAUGUUUGAGACUGUGAUUUCCUCUUCCUGUCAGGUGGCCAUGAACGUGUAUGAGCUGUCGUCUGCAGCAGGCCUGCCCUGUGAGAUAGACCCAGCCUUAGUGGUGGCCCUUUCCUCACAGAAAUCAGGUGAGAGCCAGAACUAGGCCCCUGCAAAGGGCUGACAAAGUGUUUGCCAAUGGAAAUAAACACAUUUUAGGAAGAUUUUCAUUUUAUGUGUCACUUCUAAACAUUACAAAAGGAAAGCCUGGCCAUAUUGAAUACUGCUACCUGGAAAAAACAUAAACAUGAUUAUGGUGUAGUUGGCAGAGCUUUGACAUUGUUUUCUAAGAGCAACUGUUUGAUUGACAUCCAGUUAUUAAUUGUACAUAAUACCACUCUUUCCAGAAAACAUCAGCCCGGAGGAGGAGUAUAAGAUCGCCUGUCUGCUCAUGGUCUUCGUUGCCGUUUCCAUGCCAACUCUGGCCAGCAACGUCAUGUCUCAAUAUAGCCCUGCAAUCGAAGGUAUUUAUAUAAUUUCGAUGUGUCAAUGGUCGUUUGGGUAAUAGUGGCUGUGUCUGAUUACCCAUAGAACCCACCAGGUGCAGAUAUAGAUCUGUCGAGUACUUUUUAGAAAACAAGUAUGGGUAUUCAGACAGACAGGCCCUAUAUCCUUAAUAGAAUGGUUAGUACAUGUCCGAAUACCCUUUCUAAAUAGUAAGUACUCUGAUCGCGUAUGCGAAAAUAUAAUAAUUUAUAGUAGGCCUUUGUGAAAUAUGGAACAUUUGGUAAGCUUUAAAUGCCAGGAUGGUAUACUCAUUUCAGCUUUUCAUCUAGUACGAAUGCUAUUGAGGAAGAGGCAUGUCUUUUCAGACCCACGUGUGUUCGAAAACAGCUGAUCAUCAGAUAAGGAGACAUGCGCUUCCAAAAUGAAUGAAGGGGGGGAACAAGCACGAUUGCACAUUAUAUGAUGCCUUCUCAGUAUGAAUGAGCCUAGUAUGUUGAUAUGUGUUGCUUACUGCAUAUGUUUUUAUUAAACAGUACGUUCUAUAGUAAUACGUAUUUUGAUUAGUACACAGUAUCUAGUUUUAGUAAGUAGUAGGCAAGAACUAAACUCAGCAAAAAAAGAAACGUCCCUUUUUCAGGACAAUGUCUUUCAAAGAUAAUUCUUAAAAAUCCAAAUAACUUCACAGAUCUUCAUUGUAAAGGGUUUAAACGCUGUUUCCCAUGCUUGUUCAGUGAACCAUAAACAAUUAAUGAACAUGCACCUGUGGAACGGUCGUUAAGACACUAACAGCUUACAGACGGUAGGCAAUUAAGGUCACAGUUAUGAAAACUUAGGACACUAAAGAGGCCUUUCUACUGACUCUGAAAAACACCAAAAGAAAGAUGCCCAGGGUCCCUCCUCAUCUGCUUGAAUGUGCAUUAGGCAUGCUGCAAGGAGGAAUGAGGACUGCAGAUGUGGCCAGGGCAAUAAAUUGCCGUACUGUGAGACGCCUAAGACAGCGCUACAGGGAGACACGACGGACAGCUGAUCGUCCUCGCAGUGGCAAACCACGUGUAACAACACCUGCACAGGAUCGGUACAUCUGAAAAUCACACCUGCGGGACAGGUACAGGAUGGCAACAACAACUGCCAGAGUUACACCAGGAUCGCACAAUCCCUCCAUCAGUGCUCAGAAUGUCCACAAUAGGCUGAAAGAGGCUGGACUGAGGGCUUGUAGGCCUGUUGUAAGGCAGGUCCUCACCAGACAUUACCGGCAACAACGUCGCCUAUGGGCACAAACCCACCGUCACUGGACCAGACAGGACUGGCAAAAAGUGCUCUUCACUGACGAGUCGUGGUUUUGUUUCACCAGGGGUGACGGUCGGAUUCGCAUUUAUCGUCGGAAGAAUGAGCCUUACACCGAAGCCUGUACUCUGGAGCGGGAGGGUCCAUCAUGGUCUGGGGCGGUGUGUCACAGCAUCAUCGGACUGAGCUUGUUGUCAUUGCAAGCAAUCUCAACGCUGUGAGUUACAGGGAAGACAUCCUCCUCCCUCAUGUGGUACCCUUCCUGCAGGCUCAUCCUGACAUGACCCUCCAGCAUGACAAUGCCACCAGCCAUACUGCUCGUUCUGAGCGUGAUUUCCUGCAAGACAGGAAUGUCAGUGUUCUGCCAUGGCCAGCGAAGAGCCCGGAUCUCAAUCCCAUUGAGCACGUCUGGGACCUGUUGGAUCGGAGGGUGAGGGCUAGGGCCAUUCCCCCCCAGAAAUGUCAGGGAACUUGCAGGUGCCUUGGUAGAAGAGUGGGGUAACAUCUCACAGCAAGAACUGGCAAAUCUGGUGCAGUCCAUGAGGAGGAGAUGCACUGCAGUACUUAAUGCAGCUGGUGGCCACACCAGAUACUGACUGUUACUUUUGAUUUUGUUACUUGUCCCUUUGUUCAGGGACACAUUAUUCCAUUUCUGUUAGUCACAUGUCUGUGGAACUUGUUCAGUUUAUGUAUCAGUUGUUGAAUCUUGUUAUGUUCAUACAAAUAUUUACACAUGUUAAGUUUGCUGAAAAUAAAGCAGUUGACAGUGAGAGGACGUUUCUUUUUUUGCUGAGUUUUUUUCAGACAGCCAGUGUCUUAUUGCCUGAGAUGAUUUUGUUAAUAACUAUAGAGAGAUUGAGGUAGCCAAGGUAAACAGUCUAGAGCAAUUGUUGUUGGACUGUGAUAACUGAGAAGUAAAUGUUUUCUUCAAUCUUUCUAAGGGCACUGCAACAACAUUCACUGUCUGGCGAAAGCUGUCAACCAGAUAGCUGCUGCCUUGUUCACCAUUCACAAGGGAAGCAUUGAAGAUCGUCUCAAAGAAUUUCUGGCUGUAAGUGCAACAUGUCGCUCUUCUGACUAUUGACGCUAUGGAAUGCAUUGUCAACAUUUAUAUAUUAUAUGCAUAUUUUCCUCUCCCUCCCUGUGAUUGAAUCACAUUAAAUGGGCAAUCUGGUAUUGGUGCAUCAAUUUCUUUACUUUUACAUGAAUUAUAUUUAGCCAUUGAUUCUUGGAUAGAACUUAUGAAUAAAUACCUCUUGAGUUUAGUUCAACUGUCUUACCCCAUCCAAACCCAAAAUGCCAGCUUGUUUUACCCCAUUGUUUGUAAGCAAAGUAAUUGUAAACAAACUCUGUAUAGCUUCAAAACAUAGUUAAAACUAAUUUUGAUCUCAUGGCCAGUCAUUGUAUCAUGGCUCUGUCUAUGAAUUUGAGAGUGGCUACAUUUCUCCAGCCCCAUUCCUCAGCUGUCCUAAAUUGACUUUAACAUUACAAAUGGAUUUGUCACUACUUUUUUCCCCACUACUGAGCAGUUUCUGGAAUGCAUUGUCUUUGAAAACUUCAAACUUAUUUUUUAAAUUGAUGAGCAACUUCAAAAUAAAUCAGUAUUGCUGCAGACCUUUAAUACUCUGCUGUUUUGGCAUUUACAGCUGGCAUCUUCCAGCUUGCUGAAGAUCGGCCAGGAGACCGACAAAAUGACGACACGAAACAGGGAGUCUGUGUACCUGCUGCUGGACAUGGUGAGUAUUUGUGCUGAUUCAAUACAUUUGGGAUGGCACAAUACGGCAUGGCACAUUACCCAAGGAGAUUUCCGAAUACUGCAACUAGUGAUUUAUUUAGCUACUUUUAUUAUGCAAUGUACAUGGGAAGGAGCCAAUUAUUUAAACAGAAAAUUGCCUUAAAUAAUGGCCCAUUCCAUCUAUGAAUGUCACCCAUUAUCAUUAUGCAUAUAUAUGAUAAAUAAACGUUUUCACACCCACACAUUUUCUCUGAGAAUCUUUUUUAUACAUACUGUUCACUUUAUUGAGAUAGAAAGUCAUAAAUGAGUGGGGGAGACAGAUGGGUAGAGAUACAGAAGGUGCAGGUGGGGUUUAAACCCAUGCUGCAAGGGGCAAUGUGUAGUCUGGAGUCGGAAGCGCUACCACUAGAACAGAUUCCGGCACAAAAUACAUGUUUUUGGUUUGGUUUCAGAUUGUCCAAGAAUCUCCAUUCCUCACCAUGGACCUCCUGGAGUCCUGCUUCCCCUACGUGCUACUGAGAAACGCUUACCACGCCGUCUACAAGCAGAGCAUCAGCUCCUCUGCAUAA